GUCUGUCGUGGUUCACUCGGAUCCGCGGCUGUUGCAUCUCGCAACCUGUCUACUGGUAACAUCCAAUUUGCCUCUGCCGGAACUGCGGAAAUUUCUUCAAUCAUUGAGGAAAAAAUCUUGGGACAAGAUGAUAAAAUUGAACUUGAAGAAACUGGCCGUGUGUUAUCUAUUGGUGAUGGUAUCGCGCGUGUCUUUGGCUUGAAAAACAUCCAAGCCGAGGAGAUG